AUGGGGAAAAAGAAUCCGAGUGGUAAAUUGUUCUCGCGUUGGGCUAAUGCUAUAAAGUUGGAAAACAAAUCCAAUUCUGUUACCCAGGAAGCUUAUGAAGAUGUUUUUGACGUUUUAACAAUAUUUAAUUUAACUUCUUGCACUGCAGAUAACGUUUUGGAAAAAAAGUGUUGGUUGGCACAUAACUGCACACCUUGGGAAAAAGUUAAAAAGUUUUGGUUAGAUACAUGCACGUUUAGAAAUAAAUGUAAGGGAUCUCUAUCGGAUUUGCUAGCAGACUGCCCGCGUUACAAUGACUUUAACGGUUACGAAUUGGUUGAUAUUGAUUUUAAUGACAUGCAUCCAGAUAUUGGAAACGAGUUAUUCUUAAAACUUGACAAGUUUUAUAAAGUAAUCCUUCCUGUCUUAAAUGCGGAAGUAAAAGACCAAGCCAGCCGAGAGUUACUACUUUCGAAACUCCUUUACAAAGAUUUAUCAAAUGAUUCUAAAUAUUGCAUUGUGUUGUUACUGCUCCAUGCGGUUCUUCAACCACAGCGUCGGAGUAAAACCCACAAACCAACGAUUGGUGACGCUCAAUCAGAGUUUAUAAUACUAGCAACUACACCAAAUGAUAUAUUACCAAAGAUUUCGUCCAAAAUUGAGCAAUACGCGAUUGAAAAACAGCAUUUGCAGCCUUACAUCAUUGCAGUAGGUGAGGACUAUACAAGUAUAUCAGAAUUCUUUAUAUUUUGCGACGGGCUUAAGUGGAAGUGCCCCACUUUAAUGAAAUGCGUCGACUGUAUUAUUAAGUUAAGUUAUGUAUUCCAAAUUGAAUAUUCCCAUAAUAGCAAGCAAGUUUGGGUAUUUUUAGAACAAUACUUUUUUGGGCUUAAGUCUGAAGAUUUUCCUUCAGUUUCAAAUUUACUCAGCAAGUUAGAUAACUAA